AUGGACUGCUUCGACGUCCUCGUUCCAGAUCGUCAGUUGCUUGUCGAACUCGACUCGAGCAGCGGACACAACAAGUGCCUACCCGAUGCGCUGAAGGCGUCCAUUAUGAGCAAGGGCUGGGGUGGUGCCCAGCCCAAGAUGCACCCGACGGUCUUGACGCAAAAAUGCCUUGGCCCGUACCCGUGCAGCUAUCAAGCGGGUGAUAUUCAGUCCAUGGUGUUCCUGGAUACGGACGCGCCACCAGUGGCGUCACCGACGGCGAGCAAGUGCGACGAAGAGCGGGACGUCAUGAAGCCGAAGCGAAGGGCAAGCGCGGCAAAAAGACAGCACGUGGUCGGCAGCAAGCGCACCAAGGAGCAGUACAAGACGCACUGUGCGCCCAUCGAGCCCAGUGAGCAUAAAGGCGCCGUGACGGACGUGCCCGAGGUCACCCGGCGACUCGUCGAGGGCUAUGUCGGCAAAGCCAAGGGCCUCCAUCAAGUCCACUUUGAGACCGACUGGAUCCUUGCAACAGACAAGAGUACCAAACCCGAGCUCGAAACGAUCCUUGCUGCGCGCCAGGACUUCGUGAACGAGCCAACGCUCUCGGGCAAGGCCAUCAUCCUCGCGUCCUUGGCCUCCGAUGUCCUUUCGGUCGACCGCGUGCGCCAGUACGACUUCUUGAGCGUCGACGAGGCCAUGGCCAAUGGCACGCCGUCUGAGGCCUGCUCGCAGGCUGCGAUUGAUGCCCAAGCACAAGAUGCACCGCUCGAUCCUUGA